AUGGCGUCGGCGGCGGGGUCCUCUAACGUGAUGCUCGCGAUCCACGAGAAGAAAACGACUGCUACUGAUCUCUACCGCCCGCUGCGCCUCUACAUCGCCUCCGUCUAUUCGGAGCGCGAGGCCGCCGCGGCCGACGACGACCUUACCGUGGUGCGCGACCUCCGCGCCGCUGUCGAGCAGCCCUCCCUCCCGGACCCGUCCUCCCUGGAGCAGCGCCGCGACGCGCUCCUCGCCUACGCGCGGGCCCUGGCGCUCGUGGAGCCCCGCUUCCCCAUCUCCGCCGACCGCGCCCACGUCCACUCCCUCACCUUCACCUGGCACGAUGCCUUCAAGGGGAACAAGAAGUGCGCCCUCGCCUCCGUCCACCUCGAGAAGGCCGCCGUGCUCUUCAACCUCGGCGCCGUCUACGCCCAGAUCGCGCUUGCCGCGGACCGCUCCACCGACGUCGGGAUCAAGACCGCGUGCGGCGCCUUCCAGAGUGCGGCGGGGGCAUUCGCGUGGCUCAGGGAGAGCGGGGUCGCGGCCAAGGCUGUCGCUGCGGGGGCCACCACCGUGGACAUCACGCCCGAGUGCGCCGGCAUGCUGGAGAAACUCAUGCUCGCGCAGGCGCAGGAGUGCUUCUUCGAGAGGGUCAUAGGUGGAGGGAAGCCACCCGCGCUGUGCUCCAAGGUGGCGCGGCAGGUGGGCAUAUUCUAUGAAGAAGCAUAUGCAGCUCUCAGUGCACCUCCUCUAAGUCAGCACUUUGAUAAGACAUGGGUGUCCCAUGUCCAGCUGAAAGCUGCUCAAUUCUACGCCGAUGCUUGCUAUAGGUAUUCAUUAGAUCUUCAUCAGAAAGAAGAAAUUGCUGAGGAAAUUGCACGUUUAAAGAUUGGUAUGAGUGCCUUGGCAGAUGCUAAGAAGGCUGCGAAGGGAGUUGCUGCCCAGCUUCUGGAUUCUGUCAACAAGCUGGAAAGUAACAUGAAAACCAACUUGGAAAGGGCUAUGAAGGAGAAUGAGCGUGUUUACCUGAUGCGGGUUCCAGCUGCUGGUUCCUUGGGAGCCCUCCCUGCAGCGUCCCUUGUAAAGCCUACCUCUUUGGCUGAAGUUUUAGAUGCCAGCAAGGAAAGGCUUUUUUCAUCACUUGUGCCUGAUGGCAGCAUGAAAGCACUCUCUAAGUACACAGAGAUGGUAGAUAAUAUUAUCCGGACCCAGGCAGAGAAAUUACAGCAAGCUAGUGAGAUCACUAGAGUCAGGCUGAAGGAAAUGGACUUACCAGAUUCUAUUCUUUCAUUGGAAGGAAAUAUAACCUUGCCCUUGGAUCUGAAGGAAGACGUAGAGGCUGUGCAGAUAAGUGGUGGCCCUGCUGGCUUAGAAUCUGAGUUGCAGCAGCUUAGGGAUUUGAGCAGGGUCAAUCAGGAACUACUUGUUCAGACUGAAGAACUUCUACAGAAGGAGGCGAAUGAAGACGCACAAUUUCGUACACAAUUUGGGAGUCGUUGGACUAGACCUCAAUCAAGCACCCUAACCAAGAAUAUUCAGGAUAGAUUGAAUCUGUUUGCUUCUAAUCUCAAGAGGGCUGCUGAUAGUGAUUCUCUGAUUGAACGAGGCGUGAAGGAGAACUAUCCAUUGAUGUCUAUCCUUGACAAAAGACCGAUAGAGUCUGCACUUCCAAGUAUUUCCAGGCCUAUCAUGUCCUUGGAUGGUAAUGAAGAUGCCAUUGUUGGAGCCCUGAAACAAAGCUUGAGACAACUGGAGUCUCUUGGAGCACAAAGGGCAGGUCUUGAAGACAUGCUCAAAGAAAUGAAAAGAAAGGAUGAUAUAUUGCCUAAGUUGAUGGCUGGUGUGGGAUCACAUGAUGAUCUUUUCAAGAAGGAGAUGGCUAAGUAUGAUCCUAUCUGUGCUGAUAUUGCUGAUAACAUUGAGGCACAGGAACAAUUAUUGCUACAAAUACAGGCACAAAACGAGCAAUUUGCUGCUGUAUUCAACCUAGAGGAUUACAAAGCUGCUCGUGAGAGAUGUUACAAGCAAAUCGCUGCUGCUGUUGCUAAAUACCGGGAGUUUAAAAAGAACAUUAACGAGGGCCUAAACUUUUAUGUGACUUUACAGGAAGCAAUAGGCAAAAUAAAACAGCAGUGCAGUGACUUUAUAAUGACCCGAAACAUUCAAUGCCGUGAAAUGAUCGAAGAUGUGCAGAGGAAGAUAGCGGGUUUCAGCUUCUCAUCCUCCAGCCACUCCUCUUUGCAGAGGAAUGCUUCUGUACCACCUGAUCAGAGCAGCCCAUCACCACCGCCGCAUGCUCAGGCUCCCUAUGCCUCUACACCUGGGGUAGACUCAAGGCCUGGAUAUUCUCAACCGGAGCCAAGACCUGCAUACUCGCAGGCUCCCUAUGCCUCUACACCUGGGGUAGACUCAAGGCCUGGAUAUUCUCAACCGGAGCCAAGACCUGCAUACUCGCAGCCAUACCCCCCAUCCUAUGGGGCGCCAGCACAACAGCCUCCAUAUGGUGCACCACACCCUGGUCAGUACCAGCAGCCAGCGCACCAGCCGCCUCCUGGCCAUGACUACGGUCAGCCGGCAUAUCCUGGAUGGCGUGGGCCAUAUUACAAUGCCCCUCAGCCGCAGCAAUCUGCGCCAUAUCCACAGCCACCGUACAAUGCCCCUGGGGCUUACCCUCCGCACCAGAGCAACUAUUACAGGCCUCAAUAA